GGUUAGAAAAUGGUGGCUUGCAAAUUACAACUAAAACCUCGUAACAAUUGAAAGAAAAAGCCAAAAGCAACCGAGUUGAGUUGGACACGAAUCGCAAGUGAAGGAGCGUGCCAAACUCAACUCGCAAAAGGAAACCCAGUAAAGCAUUCAAAUCCAAAUCCAAAUCCAAUUGGAAUCCCAAAAUCCCAACCGAACCGAGAAUAAACUUAAACCUGGCGUCGGACAUCUGGAAACGCCUGUUCCCGCGGCGACCAAGAGGGCCAAUCAUCCCCCAAAUUAGAAUCGGGAUAGGCCGCAGAGUCCAACCUCGGAUGGAGAUGAACCUGUUCAAGUUUUGUUCGGGGCUCAAGGCCUUGGGCUACUGCAUGAUCAUCUUGGUCGCCGCUAUAAUUGCAGUCUCUUACUACGCCGUUGUCGUCCUCACCUGGGGCCCACAGUUGCUCCGCGGUGGUCUUCACUCCUUCUUUGCCUUCUCUAUUAUCAUAGUCUUUCAUAUUUUGCUUAUACUUUUAUUAUGGAGCUAUUUAAUGGUAGUCUUCAAGGACCCUGGUUCUGUACCUGAAAAUUGGAAACCUGUAUUGGAGGAAGAAAAUUUGGAGGCUGGUAGCUCUAUGUCCCUUUCAGAUCAUGUAGCAACUGAGGCUUCAGCUUCAGACGUACUAGAAAUGAGACCACCCGUAGGUUAUUGUAGUCGAUGCCAGAAUGGAAAACCACCACGUUGCCAUCAUUGCUCUGUUUGUCAAAGAUGUGUACUUAAGAUGGAUCACCAUUGUGUUUGGGUGGUGAAUUGCGUUGGAGCUUGCAACUACAAGUUUUUUCUUCUUUUCUUGCUAUAUACAUUCCUAGAGACGUCAAUGGAUACAUUAAUUUUGCUGCCUCGUUUUGUCAAAUUCUUUGGUGAUGCCAAGAAUCAUUCGACCUCUCCGGGCAGUCUUGCAAUAAUUUUUUUAGCUUUCGUUCUUAAUCUAGCCUUCACUUUGAGUCUGCUUUGUUUCAUUGUUAUGCACGCAUCCCUUCUGUUGAGUAACACCACAUCAAUAGAGAAAUUUGUUAGGUUUAUGAGAAGAAGAGAGGAGUUAGGUGGAAGUAUGACUUGGGCAGGAAGAAGAAUUUUGAGCAGGUUUUUGGGACAAAGAAGGCUCUUUGGUUCUUACCAUUGUUCUCAAAAGAGGAUUUGGACAGCACACCUGCACUUCGGGGCCUAGAAUUUCCAACACUUUCCAACAUUGAGGCUUGAGCAUACAAAAAAAAUAAAAUUGGGUGGGAUUCAUUUUAUGUAUUAAAAAUGGGUUACUUUGAAGGUUAAAUGGUACAUAUGGUGUGACAUGUAUGCGGUUCUUAGGUUCAUCAAACGUGUUUGUUGAUAGAUGGUUCAAAUUCUAUUCUCCUUUCCCACUUGUUUCUUUUGC